UUUGCGCAUGCGCAGUGUUCAUUCGAGCGUCCAUCUUGGCACUCGUCUCCUCCAGCUCCUCACAGCACAUGGGCGGCAGAGACUACAAUUCCUAGCGUACUUUGCGGCGCCCACACAUGCGCAGCGCCCUCGUCCGCCAUCUUGGCCCGAGUAAACGCCGUCGCCGCCGCCGCCACUAAACAAACCCGAGCCCGGCACUGGCGAGCGGCGGGGGGGAGGGUGCGGUUGCCGCGGAGCCUUCGAUGUGCUGGGCACGGCCGGGCAGCGAGGCUGAGCCCUGUGGGAGCACAGACACAAGGGAAGGAUGCCUGUGGUGUGGCCUACUCUUCUGGACCUCAGCAGGGAUGAGUGCAAGAGGAUCCUUCGCAAACUGGAGCUGGAGGCCUAUGCAGGUGUCAUCAGUGCCUUACGUGCACAGGGAGACCUUACAAAAGAGAAGAAGGAUCUUCUUGGAGAACUCUCUAAAGUGCUUAGUAUUUCAACAGAGCGACAUCGCGCUGAAGUUCGGAGAGCAGUGAACGAUGAACGACUAACAACGAUUGCACACAAUAUGUCAGGGCCAAACAGCUCUUCGGAGUGGUCCAUAGAGGGUCGUCGGCUGGUGCCGCUGAUGCCGCGGCUCGUGCCACAAACAGCUUUCACUGUCACCGCCAACGCUGUUGCCAACGCAGCCAUCCAGCACAAUGCAUCUCUGCCAGUUCCUGCAGAAACUGGAAACAAAGAAGUGGUGGUUUGCUAUUCCUACACAAGUACCACUUCAACCCCAACAUCUGCCCCUGUUCCAAGUGGCAGUGUAGCGACAGUGAAGUCCCCCAGACCUGCCAGUCCAGCCUCCAAUGUAGUCGUCUUGCCAAGUGGAAGUACUGUUUACGUCAAAAGUGUCAGCUGCUCAGAUGACGAUGAAAAGCCCCGCAAAAGACGGCGAACGAAUUCCUCUAGUUCUUCCCCUGUUCUCCUGAAAGAAGUCCCGAAGGCAGUGACUCCUGUCACUAAAACUAUCACAGUGCCUGUAAGUGGGAGCCCCAAAAUGAGUAAUAUAAUGCAGAGCAUUGCCAACUCCUUACCACCACACAUGUCGCCUGUGAAAAUAACCUUCACUAAGCCCUCAACACAGACAACAAACACCACAACACAGAAGGUCAUAAUAGUAACCACCUCUCCAAGCUCAACUUUUGUACCCAACAUCCUUUCCAAGUCCCACAACUAUGCAGCAGUUACAAAACUUGUCCCAACAUCAGUCAUUGCCUCAACUACUCAAAAGCAGCCCGUGGUCAUCACUGCUUCCCAGUCCUCUGUGGGCAGCAGCAGCAGCAGCUGCUCCACUCCCUCCUGCACUGCAAAUACCAUUGCUGUGACUGCUGUAGUGUCAUCCACACCCUCAGUGGUUAUGUCAACAGUAGCACAAGGUGUGUCUACAUCAGCAGUUAAAGUUGCCUCUACCAGACUACCUUCCCCGAAAGGUUUGGUCGGGAAUCCAACUCAGAUCUUAGCACAGUUUCCCAAACAGCAUCAGCAAUCUCCCAAACAGCAGCUGCACCAAGUCCAGCAGGCCCAGCAGCAGCAGCCACAGCAGCAGCAGCUGGUGCCGUGUUCUGCAGCCCAGCAGCAGCCACAGCAGUCUCAGCUGCCAGCUGGCAUCAAGCCCACCAUUCAGAUCAAACAGGAAUCAGGUGUUAAAAUAAUCACUCAACAGGUGCAGCCCAGUAAAAUCCUUCCCAAACCAGUUACAGCGACCUUGCCCAGCAGUAGCAAUUCACCCAUUAUGGUGGUUAGCAGUAAUGGGACUAUCAUGACAACUAAACUGGUCACUACUCCCACUGGAACUCAAGCAACUUAUACACGGCCAACAGUGAGCCCCUCUCUGGGAGCUCGGAUGGCUGGAACUCCAGGGGCUGCUACUUAUGUGAAAACUACAAGUGGCAGCAUCAUUACUGUAGUACCAAAAUCCCUGGCUACUCUAGGAGGAAAGAUCAUCAGCAGUAAUAUUGUUUCUGGAACUACGACCAAAAUCACUACAAUUCCAAUGACAUCGAAACCCAAUGUGAUUGUUGUGCAAAAAACUACUGGGAAAGGAACUACAAUUCAAGGGCUUCCAGGCAAAAAUGUUGUCACAACACUGCUGAAUGCUGGGGGGGAGAAAACUAUUCAGGCAGUGCCAGCAGGAGCAAAACCUGCUAUCAUCACUGCCACAAGACCCAUCACAAAAAUGAUUGUUACACAGCCAAAAGGAAUAGGGUCCACGGUCCAGCCAGCCACCAAAAUCAUCCCAACUAAAAUUGUUUAUGGUCAACAAGGGAAAACACAGGUCCUCAUAAAACCAAAGCCAGUGACAUUUCAAGCAACAGUUGUGAGUGAACAAACCAGACAGCUGGUGACUGAAACGUUACAGCAGGCUUCAAGGGUAGCAGAGACAGGAAACUCAUCUCUCCCAGAAGUGAAAGAAGAACCACAAACCUACACUGACAGUAGUUCUUCUUCUACAGAGUCUUCCCAGAGCUCUCAAGAUUCUCAGCCUGUAGUCCAUGUGAUUGCUUCAAGAAGUCAAGAUUGGUCAGAACAUGAAAUUCCUGUGGAUACAAACCCUACAAUAAUUUACCAGGAUGUAUCCAGUGAAUCUCAGUCAGCUACUUCCACAAUAAAAGCUUUGCUGGAACUUCAGCAGACAACAGUGAAGGAAAAGUUGGAAUCAAAGCCAAGGCAGCCUACCAUUGACUUGAGCCAAAUGGCUGUUCCAAUCCAGAUGACUCAAGAAAAGAGGCAUUCUCCAGAAAGUCCUUCAAUUGCUGUUGUAGAGUCAGAACUAGUGGCUGAAUAUAUCACAACUGUCAGUCAUCGGUCCCAGCCCCACCAGUCAUCUCAGCCCCAGAGGACUCUGGUGCAGCACGUGGCUCAGUCCCAGACAGCAACGCAGACUUCUGUUGUGGUGAAAUCUAUUCCUGCAUCCUCCACUGGCGCCAUUACCCAUAUCAUGCAGCAGGCCUUAAGCAGUCACACUGCAUUUACCAAACACAGUGAACAACUUGGAACUGAGGAGGGAGAAGUGGAAGAGAUGGACACCUUAGAUCCUCAGACUGGCCUGUUUUACAGAUCUGCCCUGACACAAUCGCAGGCACAAAAGCAGCAAAAACUGAGUCAGCCGCAGCUGGAACAGACUCAACUGCAAGUGAAAACUCUGCAGUGUUUCCAGACUAAGCAGAAGCAGACAAUCCACCUGCAGGCUGAUCAAAUCCAGCACAAACUCCCACAAAUGCCCCAACUUUCCAUAAGGCAUCAAAAGCUAACCCCCCUGCAGCAAGAGCAAGCACAGACCAAACCAGAUGCACAGCACCCCCCACAUCAUAUGAUGGCCAAAGAAAGGCAACUCCCUACCUUAGUGGCACAGCCACAGCAAACUGUAGUACAGGUGCUUGCAGUAAAAACCACGCAGCAGCUGCCCAAACUGCAACAGGCACCAACGGCACAAAAAAUCUACGUGCAACCCCAGCCCCCCCAGAGUCAAAUGCAGCUACCUGCCUCUUCAGAGAAACAGCCAGCAAGCCAGGUGCAACAUCUAACUGUAAUGCAAGGAUCCACUGUAACAGAGCUAACUUUAGAGGGGCACGAGCCUCCUUUUGUUUCAAAGGUAGCAGGUGGCAGUUCUGUGCCCAAACUGGCAUUGCUGGUUACCAGCCUAUUUCCCAUGCAGGCAUCCACGGAGACAUCAGUAGCAGAUAUAUUGAGAGUGUCUAUGGUGGAAGCUCAGAUUGAUGCAAACAUAGAGCACACGGUAGUGGAUCCCCCAAACAAGGCCACGUCCACUAGUGCAGCUGCUAGUGAAGCAGAGUCGUCACCUUGUACCCAGGGCCCGAGGGUGGCUGCAGUAGGGAUGACGGCACCUUCCAUCCCCCAGCAACAGACACAUACAGAAUCCAGCUCAAGUCCUCCUGCUGUUGGUCCUACUUUAACAGAGAGGAAGCUCGAGGCACGAGGAAUACCUACAACAAACCAGUUUAUACACAUUCAGAAUAUAUCACAAAAGAAAGCUGAAGAGAGCUCUUCAGAAAUUGUUGUCCAGACUAUCCCUCACUAUCCCAUCCCUUGUCACUCCAGCUCCAAUGUGGUGGUGGAACCCAGCGGGCUCCUGGAGCUCAACAACUUCACCAGUCAGCGCCUCGAUGAUGAGGAGACAGCAAUGGAGCAAGACGUGGACAGCAGCACUGAGGAUGGCACUGAGCCCAGCCCCUCUCAAAGUUCUCUUGAGCAAUCCUAAGGAAGAGAGACACUGGAGUGUACUUUAAAAUAUCUUGGGAUUUUUGAGCAUCCAAGAUGCCCUUCUAUUGUGAUGUCUUAGAGCACUUUGCCUAUUAGAAUUGUUCAUUGGACUCUUGAAGCAUCGGUAGGUUUUAACAAGACAGUAUUGCAAAAGCUAAAUCUUAAAAAUUGUUUUGGAAAAAAAAAAGAGAAGAUGUAGGUACCAAGAUUUAGUAAACCUGUGACAGUGGAAUGUACUCCUGUUCAGAAACAAAUCUGUAAUGAAUCCUACAGCUUGUGCUAUUGAAGCCCUUGCCCAGAUACUGAAACAGCUUUAAGUGAAAAGGGAUCAUUAUUUUGCUGUGUCUUUUUAGUUGUUGAACAAAACACCAUUUAAAAAAAACUUUUAAUAAAUAUUUUUAUUUUCAAAUAGCAUGUGAGAGAAAAAAUGUCUCUGACAGUGCUGGAAAAGCCCCAGGAAUUUUGGAAUUGGUUGGCUUUCUUGCACUCAUGCUCACUUAAAAAUUUUUUUCAGAAGCUUAAAAUAUUUUUUUUUUUUAAUUCUUGUUGCUGAAUGUUUGGAAAUAAACAAAACUGCUAACUGGUAGCAAAGUGGAUUUGCUAGUGGAAUUUUGUUUUCAUGCUUUACAAGAAGUAAGGUAACAGUAGAUGAGGCAUUUCUUUCUGCCAUAAGCAUACAAAAUGCUCAUCUACUCUAGUUGACCUUUGAUUAUUUAUUUAAAUAUGAAAUUUAAAGUGAGACAAGUUGUUGAAAAAAGUUCCUGUGAAACAGGCAGUUGUAUUAAUUCUAGUACAAACCAGGGAGAAGGAGGUGCAUUUUGCUAUAAUCAGUUUUUCAAAAUUGGGGAUAAAUAGUUCAACAUCUUUCCAAGUUGAACUUGAGAAUUUAGAAGUGAGCCAAGACUUCUAAAAAUCUAUAUUUUACUCUUACAUGCUGUUUUUAAAAUUGACCAUUUGGGGAGUUUAAAAGCUUAAAUGGGUGUUCAAUGGUGGGUUUCCAAAAUUAGCCUUAUGCCUUGGCUUGUUGAAGCAAUACAUUGGGGUUUUGUGGUAGUUACAAGUCACAGUGAGUGGUUUGGGUUCAGAUGGAACAAGAGAACCAGUUUUAAUACAUUCUGGUAAUUGAGACAAUACUUUUUUUUGUUUUCAAAAUGUAUAUAAAACCAUGUUUUUAACUGUUUUGUAUAGAUUUCAUUAUAAAUAACUAAGCAUUUUAUGACUUUGACAUCAUUUAAUUGUAUAUAAAUGUAUAAGCCUAACUGCCCACGUUUUGGUGCUGAAGUACUGUAAGUAGAUUUCAUCCAAAAUCUAA